CGAAAACAGAUCUCACGUUCACAUCUGAGCCGGAAACCCCCGACUUUGGCGGAUAAACAAUUUCUUUCAUUGACCCAAAAACAUCUAGUAAGUAGGUAUAUAACAUUCUACCAAAAGCUGGCCCGCAUCACUCGCGUAGUACAGCCUGAAUCAACAUGAACCGCUGGUUCACGAUAGUUUGUAUCUUAGGAAUAUUUUCUGGUACAGUUCAUAGCGCCUACUGGACGCUAACCGCCGGCGGAAAUGUACUACAAUCGAUAGCCGUUUCUUUGAAGACCAUUUCGACUACCCUGGCUACGUACAAUACCGCACUCAACAAUGCUCGAACCCAGAUCUACAAUGCAGCGGUAGGAUUAUUGAACAGUAUGAACAGUACCUACUCAGCCCUGAAUAAGACGUACAGCGUCCUUGAUCCUACGUACAACUCUACGAUUAUGUCAAUAAUUUCCACACUGAAUCCGCAAAUGGACAUGGUGAAACAGAUGGACCUCUCGAUGGUAUCGUACAUUCAGCAACAAAUCAGCACGAUGCAAGACAAAGUAUCAAGAGUGAUGAGAAGCCUUUUGCAAAAUAUGCUAGUGUCAUCAGCUCCGUUUACAGCAAACGGAGAGCGAUGUGCUCUAGCAAACGCAACCCAACUGGUAGCUGCAAACGUUUCGUUGUCCAGAUACGGAUCCUGCUUGGACAACCAAACUGCUAUUAUUUCUACAAUAGCGCCUAUAGCAGCGAACUUAUUGUCAUACGGUUUAGUGGACUACAACCUUCUUACCCAACAAAUUUCGCUCUGUACCACAGCAGGAUCUAAUCUCUGCACUGCAACGUAUAUCGCAUCUCUAACCAGUGAACUAUCGGCCAUAACUAGUGAAAUAUAUUUCGCUGGUAAUUAUCUAACUCAGAUCGCAAACAUCCUAGUGCGGUGGAUAUCCUACUGCGGGCAACUCACGGAGCUGGACAUUUUCGAGAUUUUCACACGAAUCCAGACACAGAUUGUAAACUGCCAGAAUCUUAAUUGAAACCUGUUUUGGUUAUCUAAACGAUGCAAAGAAAACACUUAAGUUUUA